AUGACUAAUAAACAACGCAAAUACAAUGAAAUAACUCCAAGGCUGAAGGCGUCGUUUGCAUUCUUGGAGUUCCUUUACUUGGUCACUGGCGCGGUGCUGAUCUUAUUUGGUGUCCGCUGGUUGAUAACAGCCGACGAUAAUGUUCGAAGCUUUGUUGUCACAGAAGGUCUUCUUCUUGGUGCCAUAAUUGUCGGUGGAUUUAUUGUAUUGGCAUUCUUUAUCACUAUUCCACCAUUCUUGAGUCCAUUGCGACGAAAGAAUUGGCUUAAUACACACGCUGUUAUGGUAGUGCUUACUGCGAUAGCGUUAUUGACUCUUGGUGCUCGUAUCUGGUUUACGACCCUUCAAGAACGCAAGAUGCUUGGUAACAAAUGGGCCGCUUUGAGUGAUGCAGGAAGGGCUGAAUUUGAAGACGAGCUACAAUGCUGUGGAUGGUUAAAUGUAACGCAAGAAGAAGCCCAGUCAAACUUUUGCACGCCAGAUGUGUUAAAAGACCCAAACACAGCUCCAUGCGUCAACAAACUUGCCGCAGCUUCUGAUCUCAUACUUCGCCAUCUAUUUACAAGUCUUUUUGGAUUCAUCGGAGUCGAUAUAUUUGCUUUCUUUGCAACAGUCAUUUUUAUUCAAGCCAUUAACGUCGAGCAACGAUACGAAAAAAUCGAUGAGAAGAAUGGUGCUAGUAGACAUUAUGUAUAA